AUGUCCCAACAACAACAACAACAACAGAUGACUGAAAUACCCACAACCUCAAUCCCCGCCGAACUACCCCCACCCCAAUCCUCAACAAAUUCCACCCCGAAAUUCUCUCCGGAUUCCAUAACCGUAAUCUUCGUUCUUGGCGGCCCCGGUUCCGGCAAGGGCACGCAAUCCGCAAACCUCGUCCGCGACUAUGGGUUCAACCAUCUGUCCGCUGGCGAUUUGCUGCGAGCCGAGCAACAACGCAAAGGCUCGCUGUACGGUGACCUGAUCCGCCACCAUAUCCGCGAGGGCAUCAUUGUGCCCAUGGAGAUCACUGUGGCGCUGUUGUCCAAUGCCAUGGGGCAGAUAUUAGAGGAGGAAAAGAAGAAGAAGAAGAAGCAGCAGCAGCAGCAGCAGCAGGAUGUCGAUAAUAGUGAAGUGAGAGCGCGGUUCCUGAUCGACGGUUUCCCGCGCAAGAUGGACCAGGCGACCUUCUUCGAGGAUACGGUAUGUCCGUCCACGGCUACGCUGUUCCUCCGCUGUUCCGAGGAUGUCAUGUUGGACCGGCUGCUCAAGCGUGGGGAGACGAGCGGACGUGAUGACGAUAAUAUCGAGUCUAUACGGAAGAGGUUCCGGGUCUUUGAGGAGACGAGUAUGCCAGUUAUUCACUAUUAUGAGAAGGAGGGGAAGGUGAUAAGUGUUGAGGCAGUGGGGAGUGUGGAGGAGGUUUAUCAGAAGAUUAGGGAGGGGCUGGUGAGAAGGGGCAUUAAGAGGGUGAAUGUGGACAACUGA